AUGGUGACUGCCAAUGUCGAGAAGACCAUCUUCGUAACUCCACAGCCCAUUCAACACUCCAAUGACCUUGUCAACUUUGAGAAUACCCACAUAGAGGCGCUGUCUGCCGCUCCGAACUCUGCUGCGUCUGUACUCCAUACCCAGCUGCCUGUCCAGUUCCCUUCGUCGACUGCUCCCCACGGCCGCGAGUCCUGGUACCUGUUGAAAGAUCUCGAAGCCGGUCGACGGUACGAGGUUCGCAUCUGCUGGCCAGCGACUUCUCCCACCGACUUCUGGCUCGAUACGUUUUCCGCAACUGAAGUACGCGAUUCCUCAAAGCUCCUGGAAAGUCUUCUUGAAUACAGCAAGCGGAGAGAGGCGGGAGGCUCUGAGCGAGAGCUGCCAUUGCCCAAACACAUUCCGCCUACCACCCUCUUCCUUCGCAUACAAGCUGCCGCCUCCUUCUAUUCUACCAAUCGAUCAUUGAUGGAAACCCCGCCGCCUGUCGCAGCGGAUAUCAUCCUUGACCCAUAUCUCUUCAACAUCCUUCCCCAAUCCUUGGCGCCGACUGCAGCAUAUAUCUCGGUGGUGGCCGUCGGGGCUUGGUAUCUGUCGGCCUUUAUCUAUCGCUCCUUACUCAGGAUCGCUGCGGACCCAGCCUUCAAAGCACACGAGGAUUGA